AUGGAGGUUCCAGUCUUCGAUCCAGAUCCGGCCGCUUUGAAGCCGGGUAAGCUGCCCCAUUGGGCCAGCAACUUGGAGGAGAAUGUCGACAAGAAGCUGCUCAUCGUCCUCCGAGACGGCCGGAAGCUCUUGGGCUGGCUGAGGACCUUUGACCAGUACGCCAACCUUUUGGUGGAGCACAUCGUGGAGCGGCACAUACUCUUCGAGGAGAAGGUCUACGCCGACAUCUACCUGGGCACCCUAUUGAUCCGAGGAGAGAACGUCUGCCUCUUUGGCGAGGUGGACGAGCAGGAAGAGGCGAACAGCUGCCUACAACAGGCAGCCUUGUCCUACGUCCUGCGGCGAGAGCAAGAGCUGGAGGAGUCUUCGGGAAAGUCGAAGCCGAAGAAUGUCGACCUCUUCCUGGACCAUGCCGAGUGA